AUGUCUACCCUCACACACGGUGGCAGAAUUGUGCCCAUACUUACGAGUCACGAACAACACCAACAACUCGACUCCACCACCCCAUCCCCCGACAUGCUACUAGAACCCAAUUUCCCUCAAUCAACAAUUGAUCAACCCCCGCUGCUGGAUCAGCGGGUUGACUCUGAACCCAUGCGUCGGAAGAAUACCCUUGAUCUCUCCUGUUUGGAGAUGCCUUGCUUGAAGGAACGCGGUCUCUUUGCUUUCCCAACCCAAGGAGAUGGAAAUUGUCUCUACUAUUCACUCUCCGAUCAAUUGUACGGCAACUUCGAUCAUGGUGACGAGAUCCGCCACCAUCUGGCUGACCACAUGGCCAACAACAAAACGUAUUUCAUGCAAUUUGUUGUUGCUCAAGGUGGGGAGCGUCGCCGUCCCAAGCGGGCUGCCGUCUCCGCAUACGCAACUCGUUCUGCCGAAGUUGCAGCUGCGUCAGAGGAGGACAAAGAACGCCGUUUCACAGAAAUGGUGGCUGCAACUCGAAAGAAUGGCGAGUGGGGAAGUUCGGAGCAUCUGCAGGCAUUUUGCCAAGUCUAUCGCGCAGACAUCAAUGUCUACACCAUGGGUGGUAUUCAGGCUUUCAGAGAUGUGAAUGCCUCCAGUGAUGAACACCGAGAUGUGGUUCAUGUUGCCUUUCACGACUUCAAACAUUAUUCGUCUGUGCGGCCAUUGGACGGCACCCACAAGGGGCUCUUUGCUAAGCCGCAGCCACAAGCCCUCGAUCAGACUCCCUUGGAACCCACUGAGGUCAAACAGGACAUCAAAACACACAUUCUCCCUGAUAUUAAAGAUCAGGUUACCGACACCAAGCUAAUGACGCCUCCCUCAUCAUCCUCACCAUCAUCAACCCCCGAAAACCCUGAAACCCUUAACCCCGUUUCCGACACCGAGUCUUCUACCGAUGGCCUUACCACCAAGGCCGCCGACCUGGCCGUUGAUGUUUUCCCUCCUUGGGAUAUCCAGUCCAUCCAGGACGGCCUUGGUGGUCGGUAUGACCGGGAUACCAUCGUGGACAUGCUGCAGAAAUGCCGCGGUGACAUUGACCGGGCAUUCGCCGCUCUCCUCGGUGAGAACAAUGACGGACAAGAGAAACCGUCAAUUCCCGGCCCAAACUUCAAACCCAGUCUCCAGGCAUCACGGGAAUCAUCUCCCUUCAGCACUGGUAGCAAGCGGUCUGCGGACGAUAGUGACGACUCCGAGGACCAACCCCCGACUUCCCGACGAGGGCGUCCAAAGAAGCGGAUCGUCUCUAAUCUGACGCUGGGUGUCGGGAUCUCUUUCCGGGACGACCAGAAUGAGGUCGUCUCGCUUAAUCUGCGGAUGGAGGCAGAUGCCGAGAAGGCAAAGAAGGCGGAGAAGGCCCAAGCCACUCCAGUCAAGGACACGGCUAGCCCCGAACCAUCCGCGGCAGCCGUCACCAAGGGUCCUCGACGGAGUGGCCGGCUUUCAAAGCCCCGGCCUGCUUGA